GCUCUCCGCUCUCCGCAAAUGGCUCCUCGUCUCCUCACACUUUUGAUCUUGGUGGUGGUGACUCUGGGAGUGAUUGAAGCCCAGUGCGAUUUCUCCCGAUCCUGCAGCGGCAUAACUUAUGGCGGCAGCACCCUGAUUGCAAACUGCGUGAACCAAGCCGGUGCCACGGUGCGCUCGCAGAUUGAUCUAAACACCUGCGUGGGCAACAACAAUGGGCAGCUCGACUGCUCGAGCGGCUACUUCCAGUCGUGCGCCGGUAUCCAGUACUCGGGCACCACCGUCAGUGCGACGUGCCCCAGCGUCUCCAACCAGCCCAUCUUCUCUUCGCGCGACCUCAACAGUUGCGUCCGAAACAGCAAUGGCAACCUCCAGUGUUGCUGAGAAUCGCAUAUCUCAUGUAUGCGGUGAUUAGAGGCUGGUUGUGUAGUAACAAUUUAGGCCUCAUGAAAUAAAAUGCGGUGAUGAUCUCUUUAACUGUUCUAUGAUUUUUG